UUUUAAAGCUAACGCCUUAUACAAAGUGUUCGUAUUAGACACAUUUUUUGUUGCGCGGUGGUGUUGCGGUAAAAUACAUCGCCGUGUGUCAUUUUUGCGAAAAUUUUGUUGUUCCAUUUUAGCAUAGAGCUAAAAAACAUAAUAAUAAAAUGCAUGCCUGUCCAGAUUGGCAAAAACGUCCUACAACAGAGGUUUGAAGCAUUGUAACUAAAUAAAAAAAUCAUUACAAUCAGAUAAGUGGUUCGCGAGGAAAAUCAUAUAUUGUUUCCAAUUUCUGGUGGUCGGUUUUUUGCCGGUCUUAACAAUAAUAUUUAGAAAUGAAGACGAAAAUAACUCAAAAAUGGUAGCAGAAAAAUUAUAUUAUCCUGAUUCCAACAAAGAUUUUAUGAAAGCACAGCCUAUGCCUUUUAAAACAGCUAUGUUGGGCUUAACACCGCAACAUUUUACAACAACGACAGAGAAAAUUACAACAUUAGAUUACCCACAGCUUACAAACUAUCGAAGCAAAUAUUACCCGAAAAAUAUACAGGAUAUAAUAGGUUAUGUUAAUAAAGAUAGUCAAACAAAAAAAGUUCAGGAAAAACAAAUUAAUCAAGCAUCACAUAAAGAAUAUUAUAAUAUAUCAGCAUAUGGUAGUUCUUUUUUAAAUAAUGAUCCAUUUUUCCGGUAUAAGCCUCAGGAUCCAAGUGAUAUUAACUUGUUGGCCACUGCUAGUUUUAGAUUUGCUCCUCCAGUCUGGAGCAACUUUAGAAGAACGACUCCCAAAUUUUUAAAAACUUCACCAUCAAAUUUACAAAGUGUGGAGAAUACGCAUGAACAAUACAAUAUGAGAAAACCUCUGGUCGUAACAUUAAAUAUAUACCCAGAAAAGAAUGAUUUGGGUCGACUCUUUCAUACUUUCAGAAAAAGAAAUAUUCCAUAUAAAAUAACUCUUGCUGAUUCAAAAAAGUUAAAGGGCAAAACAAUGAUAAGUUUAAAUUUAUAUCCAGAUUCAACACAUCCAUCAAAUAAAAAUAAUAAUAACAGCUACUACAUCGCAAUGGUCAGACGAAGAAGUAUACAAAACAGAUAUCCCGUUCCUGGUAUUCUUGUCAAUAUAAAUUCAUCGCAGCCAAUUGAUUAG